AUGAAUCUAUUAGUCGAUACAGGCUCGACAAACGUGGUUCUGAAUGCGGGAAAAUACAGGCCAUCCAAUCAUUCGGUAAACACGAAUGAGUCUUUUGCCGUCGCUUAUGGAACCGCCCAGAGCAACGGCACCGGAUCGGCCUUUAUCAACGGCACGCUCUUUCAAGACGAAGUGACUCUUUCGGGACUCACGGUCGAGAAUCAGAUCCUCGGCGUCGCCGACGCCUCCGAGUCGUCAGCGAACUAUCCCCACGACGGUAUUAUCGGAUUUGGGGCACAACGCUUUGCAGCCGACAACGCUACGUCUUGGUUCCACAACCUCUGCGACAGCAACCUUGUGGAUGAAUGUCGUUUCGGACUUGCGCUCAACGACGCCACCUCUGGGUCGUUGGUCGUCGGCACGCUCGACAACGAUCUGUUCGAUGGUAAUUUGACUACCACGCCGAUCGCCGAGGAGUGGUUCACAUACGGUGACGUUGUUGUGGGAGGCCAGACGCUGCAGAAAGACGCGAUCGUUGAAUUCGACAGCGGUAGCGCUGCGAUUGUGGGGUAUAUACAGCUUCCUUCUGUGCUCCCUUCUCUUUCAACCCUAAGCGCACUAUAUAUACUGACAACUUCUCUGUGUCGUAGCCCAACUGACGCCGUCACCAAACUCUUCACCUCCCUCGGUGCUGGCAUCUCCUCCGAAUUGACACCUGGCGGCCCUCUCGUGACAGCGCAAGUAUCCUGCUCGAUCAACGCCAGCGUGGGAUUCCGGUUCCCGUCCAGCAAUGUGACGGCCAUGAAUACGAGCGUCAAGGCCCGGAUCUUUAGCAUUCCGAUCGAAAGUCUGUUGGUCCCUUCCACAAACGGGUCAAGCCCGAACUGCACUGUCGCGGUGGUCGGGCAAGAUUUUGCGGAAUUGCCGGGCUUGUGGGUGCUAGGUCAGACAUUCUUCCAGGGCAAAUACAUCGAUCACAAUCUCAACGAUAGGACCAUCGGUCUCGCCAACCUGAAGGCUUCGCCGUCCAACUCGAGUUCCGGUUCCUCUGGAUCUGGGUCCGACGGGGGCAGCGGUAGUGGGAAUUCUGCCUCGACGAACUCUGCUGCUGCUAGUCUUCGCGGUUCCCUCUAUUUGGGUUGCAGCCUGUUGAUCUGUUACUUUGCCUUUGGAGCUGUGGUGUUGUAA